AUGUACCUGGGAUUUUUAAGUCUUACUGGUAGCAUACCUAACUUUCCAAUUACCUCCACUCCACCGUUCUUGUCUGAAUUCAUGAAAUUCUUGGUCGGGGGUGGGUUUGAUCGCAUAUCAAGCAACAAGGCCAAGCCUCCUGGAGCUGAGUUGUGGGCUGUCUUUGAUGUCCCUCUUGAACUGGUGGAUGAAUCUUGGAAGAAUUUAAUCCAUGCUCUUUCGGGUCUCUUUUGUGCUUCAAUCAACUUCCUAGAAUCGUCUACAUCAUAUUUGGCUCCUGAAUGGGGCUAUCGCCCAACUCCAGGAAGUCUGAGGUAUGGUACAUUGCCCCGUGAGGCUGUUUGCUUCGAGAACCUAACUCUGUGGCUGAAGCUCCUUCCUUGUAGAGAUAAAGCUGGGAUUUCUGCAUUAAUGGAUAGACCAUCUAUCUACAAAGGAUUUUAUCAUUCACAGCGGUUGUGCUUGACCUCAAGUGAAUUUGAAUCGGAGGGGAUAGGUUCAGGAAUUGUUCUACAGAAAACAUUCACAGUUGUCGUACAGCCUGAUAGUCUGAGAAGAGAACUAUUAUGA